CAUGCGCCAUUUUCUGACUUUACCGUCUGCUUUUCACGUGGCUGCUCACUUCCUGUCCUUGACCUUUGCCUCGUCCUUGCACACAUCGCAAUUGUUUCUCGGUAGUGACGAUGCCCAAUCCACCGACAAAACUCCACUCCAUCCUUCUUUCGACUCGUUUGUUGAGAGUCUUAUGCAGGACUGGCAUAUUCCUGGUCUUGCCAUUGCUGUAGUCUACGAAAAUAAGACAUGGUCCAAGGGUUAUGGCUAUGCAACUCUGCCAGACGUGCCGUUCACACCUCGCACUCUCUAUCAGGUAGCUAGCACUACUAAAUCCUUUACGGCAUCCCUGGCAGCUUUGUUGGUUCAAAAUCAGGAUGAUUUCAGCCACGUUGAAUGGGAUACACCACUCCACUCUCUCGUUGGUAACGACUUCAUCCUCAAGGACGAUUACUUGACAAACCAUGUCUCUUUUCUCGAUGCAUUGUCCCACCGAACAGGCAUGCCUGGACACGAUGCUGUGUGGUAUGACCAAGGGUUGGAUGUCAAGACCCAGACAUAUCUUAUGCGUCAUAUCGAAACAAGCGCAAGCUUCAGGACAGUUUUCCAAUACUGCAAUCUGUUCUUCACUGCAGUCUCGCAUGUCAUCGAAUCUGUGACCGGAAAGCCGCAAGCAGAUCUACUGCGCGAGUGGAUCUUUGAGCCUCUGGGAAUGAACGAAUCGUACUACUCUCGGGAAGAUGCAGCGAGUUGCCAAGCAUCGAAUCCUCACUGCGUAUUGGCUGAUAGCUAUGCCUGGAACAAAGAGACGUCCUCUUAUGUAAAAUGGGCACUGAACCAAUCUAAUCCAGCAAACGGAGCUGGAGGCAUCAUCUCUAACGUUGUCGAUUACAGCAAGUGGGUUCACACGCUCAUGUACGAGACUGGUCCGGUCUCCAAAGAGAGUCAUGCCAAGCUCAAAUAUCCCUCGUCGAUUCAAAGCGAUGAUAAGGCGCCCUAUUCAGGCCCUUUCUGGUAUGGAUUGGGACUUGAUGCAGGUGUCUAUCGAAACGAGAGGGUCUUUGGACACACUGGUGGCAUCAGUGGUUACGCAUCAAGCUUCAAGUUUNUGCCUGAUCGUAAGUUUGGAUUUGUGAUGAUCCAAAACUCAAUGAGCACUGCCUUCGAGGCUAUGGGAUGGCGCUUGAUCGACGAGUUCUUGGGUGGUCCGGAGGAUGAAUUCUACGACAUGAACAAGACGCAAACCCAUUUGAUAAAGAAGCGCGAAGAACAGCUCAAGGCGCUUCCUUCUAAGCUGUACCCUGAUGUACCAUCAGAACCUGUGCAGCCACAACUUCCUUUGCAGAACUAUACGGGAACCUAUGCGAACGCCGCUUACGGAAAUUUCAGCAUCAGCCUCGAGGCGCCUUUGGAUCUGCUGGGCGAAUCUAGUGUCGGACAAGUGGAUUCUCAGGACCUACUGCUCUAUGCAAGAUCCAAAGGCGGUAAUGUGUUAUUCACCUUCCGGCAUGUGAGCGCAGAGCAUUGGCUUCUGGAGACGAGGACGGUAAUUUAUGAUUCGAAGAUGGCGGAUGACUACAUGAAGGCCAGAUUUGAAGUUGGAGCAGACGGUCUCGUGCAGAGACUCGGAGUGAUCAUGGAAGCAGCUGUUCCUGGAGAUAAAGCAUGGGCGUGGUUUGACAGGGUUGACGGUCGU